CUCUUGUUGAUGGUAGCAGUACAGACAUCAGAGAUCAUCUGUAGUUUCGUCUGUGGUAGUGUCAAAAGCACCAAAAAUGGCGGCGGACGGUGACGAAGUGAUUAGUGAUCAGGAAAAAGUGAGAAUUGUUUCGGAUUUUAUACUACAUUCACCCCCAGGAGAAUUUAAUGAAGUGUUCAAUGAUGUCAGAGUACUGUUAAAUAACGAUACUUUGCUAAAAGAAGGAGCGAGCGGAGCUUUCUCGCAAUACAACAGAGAUCAGCUCACGCCCGUGCGUCUUGAAGGUUCUGAGCUUCACACGCUUAUAACCGACCAUAAUGACCUCGGUGGAGGUAGGUUUUUCGACCCUCGUUCAAAAAGAUCCUUUAAAUACGACCAUUUGCGUAAGGAAGCAUCCGAUUAUGAACCUCAUGAGCCCGACCGUGAGGCGGAGGCCUGGAGAGCAGCUUUGGACGUGGAGCUGACAAACUAUGUGGCCGAACAUUACAAACACGGAGCGAGCUUAGUCGUGGGCCGAACCCUCGAGAAUGGGGCCGUAUCUCUCGUCGCCUGCAUUGAGGACCAUCAGUUUCAGCCGAAAAAUUACUGGAACGGAAGAUGGCGCUCCGUAUGGUCUUUAACAGUAGGGGGAGGCGCUGCAGAGCUCCGUGGCAUGCUCCGCGUUCAGGUGCACUACUACGAAGACGGCAACGUCCAGCUCGUUAGUUCCAAAGAGGUCCGCGCGAGUCUAGCGGCUACCGGCGAAGCUGCUACCGCCAAGGAAUUCGUGAGGUCGGUUUGUGACGCGGAGAACGCGUACCAGACGGCGAUAUCUGACAAUUACAAGACAAUGAGUGACACCACGUUCAAAGCGCUCCGACGACAGCUCCCGGUGACCCGCAGUAAGAUUGACUGGACGCGGCUGGUGUCCUACACUAUCGGUAAGGAGUUGAAGAGCCAAUGAUGUCCCGCCGCUGCGCUCUGAGCUGCAGCGGUCGCUCCAUGCCUCUGUACAUAUUCUCAUAAGAGUAAAUCUUGUUCAAAUGUUUACUGGCACCGAGGGUCGCACCCGGCCGCAUAUUUAUCUAUGAUUAUAGAGAAAUCGCUAUUGUAACUGUUAAAUUUUAUCGCAUUUUGUUACUCUCAUUAUGGAAGGAUAUUGAUUGCUUCAUUGUCGCCCGCUUCCAAGUGGUUAUACUAUUACAGUCCUUAAAUUUCUUUCAGGUCAUAGUUAUUAUAGAGAAUUGAUUUUAUAUAGGUCGGGACUGUCAUAGAUUAGAUUCGAGGUCCAUAGCAGACUAUUACCUGUAAUAAAUUGUAUAUUUUCAUUUAAAAGAUAAAGAUAUUGUGUGAGCAAUAUGAAAUGGAUCACAUGUUUGAUUUGAUGUACGGGGAGUGUCAAUUACAGAGAUAUUAAAAAUGUAACUAUCGCUUGAAUGGAAAAUACCGCUUUGUCCAUCCAACGUCCUAGCACUGGAGAUCAGUAUUAUAUACAUAUAUUUGUUCUGGAUAUUGCUUGCAUAAUAGCGCUGUGAAAAAUUUGAAGAUAAAGUAGAGUGGGGUUUCAAAUGGUGCAUUUAAUUGUAGUUAAUUUAAACAACUUGUCCACAUAGCUUUAACAUGAAUUUUAUGGGCAAAGAGCACAAUAUAUUCAUUUAUUUGACACAUGGAAGAUUGCUCAAGGAACUCGGUAUGAUGGUGUCGGCACAGGCCCUGUGAUGGCAUUGAGAGUGUGAAAAAAAGGCAUAACUUUUUAUAUGUAACAGAACACCGUCGAGGUUUAUUUUGUAAUUAUUAUUAUAAUUUAAUAAAAAUAAAAAACGAAACUACACUAAAAUUCAAGUAUUCUGUAAUGUAUGAUUGAAUUCAUUUGAAUAAAAAUAUAUAUUAAAAUGUU